AUGAGUAACCCUAUCUUUAUUAAAAACAAUAAACCAAAGAAGCUAUCGUUGGAUAAAAUAGGGCAGUUGGAAGAUGACUUGGAAAUCAAUCCUUUGGACCAUAGCAAGUGGAUCAAACUUUUGGAUCAGAUAGUCGCCAAGGAUAAUCAAGAACAGGUUAGAAAAUUGUUUGAGAAAUACCUCGGCAUAUUCAAGUUUGAUGCCGUGCAAUGGAACAAAUACAUAAAGUAUGAACUCAGUCGUGGAGAAAAAGAGAAGGCAGAAGCACUUUUUCAAAAAUGUUUUGCCAUUACUGAAGGUGUCGAUUUGUGUCGCCUGUACGUUGACUAUGUGCGAACUGUUACAGAUAUGAUCACAGGAGGUGACAAGGCAAGAGGCACUAUUAUCCAAGCGUUUGAAUUUGCCAUCGACAAAGUGGGAAUUGAUGUGCAAAGUGACGGCUUAUGGCAAGAUUAUAUAAGCUUUUUGAAAUCAUGGACUCCUGGUGCUAACUGGGAACAGCAACAAAAGAUUGAUUUGAUUCGUAAAGUGUACAAAAAGGCCUUGGUCAUUCCAACGGAAAAUAUCGAAACCCUAUGGUCGCAGUAUACCAGAUGGGAGAACGAACUUAAUCCAGCAACGGCACAGAAAUUUGUGUCUGAAAAGUCAGGCGAGUUCAUGGCUGCUCGCUCGUGGAACACGGAGUGGCAGAAUAUCACAAACAAGAAGUUGAGACGUUCAAUAAACCCCCAUACAAUAAACGAUGAGUCAGUAGGAAUGCAAAUGAAGUAUUGGCAAAGCUGGUUACUGUUGGAAAAGAAAAACUCGUUGCAAAUAAAGGACGAUUCAUUGCUUCAAAAGCGAAUAAACUAUGUUUACAAAGAAGCCACUUAUGCUCUACCUUUUGUGCCUCAGCUAUGGUUUGAAUAUGUAAAACAUUUGUUAAACGAUAACGAAGAAAGCAACAUGAAUAACUGCAUUUCUAUUUUAAAUGAUGGUUUAAAAUUAAAUCCUAAAAGCUUACUUCUCUCUUUUCAACUAGCCGAAUUGUACGAAAAGGAUAGUUCUUUUGAGAAUGCAAAGACAGUUUACAACCAAUUGAUUACAAAUUUGAGUGAGGAUCACAAAGCAGUUGUGAGGAAGUUGGAUGAGUUGUAUGAGCGUAUCAAACCCAAGGAGGAAGAUAAACAGGGAGAUGGCGAUGAUGAGGAUGAGGACGAGGGAAGUGAAAAUGAGGGAACAAAGAAUGUCAAUGGUAAUUCUAACGGUGACCUGAAUGGGCAUGGACUACCUGAUAUCCCCCGUAAACCGAAUAUUCCUAGUUUGCCACAAAUCCCAAGCAAUUUGACACCUGCGUCCGAUGGAGUUGAUCUGGAUGUACCAAAAGGUACAAAUCAAGUUAAUUCUAGACUUUCAAUGGCAGACCUGAGGACAUUGCUGAAAAUGAAGAAAGAGCGUGAUCAAUUGGUUGAUUCGAUUACCCUCAUAUACGUCAAGUUCAUGGUUGCUAGCAAAAGAGCCGAGGGAAUGAAAGAGGCGAGGGAUGUAUUUCGGCAGGCAAGGAAGAAUGAAUCCGUUGGAUACCAAAUCUACAUUGAAAAUGCAUUGUUAGAGCAUUAUGCCGAUAACAAGAAAACAGCAUUAAAAGUGUUUGGCGUUGGGCAAAAGGCAUUUCCCACCAAUGGACACUUUUUGUUGAACUUUUUGGACUACUUGAUCAUGACCAAUGAUGUUGACAAGUUACGAAGUACAAUACAAAGCUCCGAUACAAACUUUUCAAAAGAGAUUUCUCAGAUUGAGGAAAAGUUAUCUCUAACUGGUUUGGAUCCAAUACUCAAAGAUGAAAAGGAAGAGAGAUUAAGCUUGCAGAAAGCAUUUUUAAAAAAACUAUACAAAAGGUAUAUAUCCUUCACGGCAAACCAUUUGUCUUUAGAUAUAACAAGUAGCUUUGCCAAAAAAUAUGAGCAAUUAUUUCCUGACGAUGAUCCAAUCGACUUGUUUACUGAUAGGUAUAAGCUUGAUAGUGUUAAUGUUAUAAAGAGAUACGAGAUGAACCAGGACGAGGCAGACGAUUAUUUUGGUCAAGCAAGAAAAAGACGCAAGUUGUCAAUGGGAUUCGACAGCAGUGAGUCCAACUCAGCUGUGAAAAAUAUACAGGAGUCGAGCCGCAUAGAACAAGAGGUAAUUGAAGAAGAACAACUGAACAAUUCAUCAUUUGUUGGCCAAUCAAUUGUGGCGUUAAUGACUGCGUUGCCAAACGCCUCUUAUUUUGGAUUACCUACAGAAAGUGUUUUCGAUAGCGAUAAGUUGGUUACCUUAUUCGCAAAUCUACCCAACAUAGCAUAG